AGAAGUAUGUUCCGCUGCUGUCGUGUUGCUGGUCUUUCGUCCUGGUCUUCUUACAGAGCGGUGAACAGAUUCCACUCCAGUCCGGGUUUGAAGAUGCCUUUCAUCGACCUGCAGAGUAACCUGCCCGCCAGCUCCUUCUCUGAGGACUUUGUGAAGAAGCUGGGCAGCAGCACUGCGGCUGCUCUGGGAAAACCAGAGGACAGGAUGAACGUGGUGGUGAACCCCGGGCUGCCCAUGCUCAUAGCGGGCUCUUGCUCUCCAUGUGUGAUGCUGUCAGUGUCUGCGAUCGGUGCGACUGACUCUGCUGACAAGAACAAGGAGCACAGUGCCAAGAUCUUUGAGUUCCUGACCAAAGAGCUUGGUCUGACUGAGGACAGGAUUGUUAUUCAGUUCCACGCUCUGCAGCCUCAUCAGGUCGGAAAGAAUGGAACCGUGAUUAGCUUCUUGUAAAGGACGUCGUACUCUCUGACACCGCUCACAGACUCACUCCUAAAAGAAGACGACAUAGACAGAUGAGAUUAGUAUGAAUCACACACUAAAGUAAAGAUAGUCACUGAAAAUGUCUUUUUCAUGUCAUAUCCAGGUCCACUGUCUGAACCACGUGGAACCACAGAUCUGUAAAACAGGGUUCUAAAUAGUUUGGUUUGGAGUGAUUCCUCUUGUUGAAGACCAUAAUAGAACCACAUGGAAGAAAACAGCUCACUGUUUUUAUUUUAAUAUUAACUUUAAUGUCAGAAUUGGGACAUACAUGUAAAUCUGUACAGAUAAAACUGAAGAUAUAUUUUCAGAUAUUUUAGACAUAUGAACAUGAAGGACAUGAACUGGAAUAUGUUUGUCUGGGACAAUGUGGGACCAAUGCUGGAUACCAAUCACCAAACACACAGCAGACUGUGCAGGUUGCAGGAUAGGCAACCUGCACAGUAGCUAACUCCCACACUAAGUAAAUACAGUAAGCAUAAAAAGAAGCUGAGGUUUCGUAAUUCUCAUGGUCUCACACAAUGCUCUUAUGCAUUAUGUAAGACCAAUAACUGCUUCCCAGUAACUGUUAAAACUAGAGUGCUACUUCUUAUCAGCAGUGAAUAUGACUAAGCUGUGUGUGUAUAAUAAAACAGGGCAGGCUGGUGGCUGACAUGG